CACUGAAGUAGACACACACUUCGACAGCAGCCUUGACAAAGCCCAUGCAGAAGGUUUCAGUGUUUUAAGCCAAGAGGCGUGUGGGCUUUCCAAAGAGGUUUGAAACUCCCCCGGGGGCAGCCGAGCCCCGGGCCCGCUGGGGACUCCAUUUCCCAGCACCGGCGAGAGAAGGGCCGGGCCGGGCCGGGCCGGGCCGGGAAGGGCCGGGCGGGGCCGCUGCGGGCGGGGCCGGGGCUGCCGUGAGCCCGGGGCCCGGGACGAGGCGGCCAUGGCCACCAGCCCCGCGCGCGCUGGGGGCCUUGGGCGCGAGGGCGCCCCGUGUCGCGGCCACGGGACGCGGAGCGGCGGCGGUUGGUGCGGCCGGUGCGGUCGGUGCCGUUUGUGCGGUUGGUGCGGUCGCUGCGGUUGGUGCCGCGGCGGCUGCUCCGUCCUGCAGCAUCGCGGGAGGUGCUGUUCAUCCCGGCGACUUGUGCGUUUGGAGACUUCGGUUGACGCCUUGAGCUGCUGGAGAGUGUGCAGAGAAGAGCAAGAGAGCUGGUCGGCGUGUGGACGCGACCAAGGAUCUUCGGUCCCCCCCUGGGGGUUGACAUUGGAGGAAUCUGCGGAGAGACCGUCUUGAGCAAGGGAAAGCCCGGCUCUUGCGAUGGCUACGCAAGCCAAGAGAGGUUUAAGUGGCUCUAUGGAUGACACCCUUGAGGACCUUUGGAGAUAUGAUGGUAAAAUGAAGCUUCUCUGCAGCUGCAAGGGCAGCAUCGUGGUCCUGGUCCUCCCUUCCUGGGAGCAGGAGCUGCUGGUGCAACAGCCCUUGAUGCGCGAGGGGCUCCAGUUGUGAGGGGGAGGCAGCGGGGAGCAGAGGGGAGAGCCGGGUUCCCAGAGCCAGAGGCCACUCAGUAGGUUGGCCGUCGGUCUGGGGAGGUGAAGGAAAGUUUGUCCAUGAUUAAAAGCCUCUGUGGUCCUUGAGAAGCCGACAAAUCCCCCCGUGGAGCGCCCAGGCCGGGGCUAUGCCCGUGUCCAUCAUCCUGAUCUCUCCCUGUAUGUUUCCAGCUGAACCCCGUUGUACAGCCGGUGGGAGAGCCUUGAAGACCAGCAUGCGGGUCACCAAGGAGUGAGUGCCUUUCAGAUCUCUGCGUGCUCCCCACGUCCUCCUGACCUGCCCCGUCCUCAGCUUCUGCACCCGCUCUCUGCCCCGACAGGUUGCCUGCGGAGGUUUGCAAUGUCCCUGGAGAGGACAAGGCAGCUGCAGGGGUGAGCCCUGAUGUGGGGAGAGAACCUGGAUGUCCUGAGGGCUGGGGCUGAGGUGUCUGGCAUCACUGGCAGGGGCAAAAAGCCGGGAGAGGGGAGUGGGUGGCUGGUGGGAGACGGGCUUCCAGGUACCGAGGAUGGAGCAGAGCCCGGCAGCACCCGCUGCUGCAGCCCGGCCUUCCUGGGUGCGCUUCGGCUCCAGCGUCGUAGGAAGAGCCCUCAGCCAAAGCAAUGGCCAUGGGUGUUCCUGACGCUUCUCCCAGAGGCAGCAGCAGGAUCUCGGCACAGGACUCAGGGCUCAGAGCGUUUCAAGUACCAAAAUCCCCCCCGUCUCAGCCCCCAUGCGCUGCAGCCGCGGCCCCAGCACCAGCCUCCCAAGGGAGAAGCAGUGCUGAGGCAUCCGCAGCGCUCGCCCUGUGCCCGUCCUCAUCCUCUUGCUUUCCAGGACGAGGACGACUGGGACUGGGAUUUCCUGGGGACAUCGAAACCCAGUUCUGGCCCAGGGAAGAUGCCCGUGAAACGUGGCACUGAGCGCAGCUCUGAGACAACAGCAGAACAGAGCAGCAGGAAAGAGCUGCCCCCACGCCAGACGCCCCUGCGCACCGUGGCCCCGGUCCAGAGGAGGAAGACGUCGAUGUUCGAAGAUGCUGAAGACGACGACCUGUUGGAUGUGCUGAGACAUGACAAAGGCCCAAAAAAAGAAGAGGAGCUCCGGCCAGCGCGCUCCACGCUGGACGACUUGUUCGGACGAGGCUCCGCGGCCAAAGUCCUGGAAAAGCCAGAGGAGGAAGAGCGCGGGGACAAGAAGGAGCUUGUCUUCGGAGAGUACAAGCCCUCGAUGGGCUCCAGGCCCGCGGUCCAGCCGGCGAUGGGGCAGUUGGUGAGGUUUUCUGCCAACAGCAGCAGCGAAACAAACCCAGAGCCCCGCUCCACACCUCGUCCUCCCCGCAGACGGAACCCCGUGCGGAGGAGAAGGGCCGGAGACGACUGGCUGGGCUGGGAGGAUGAGGAUUUCAUGGACCCCGCCAGCCAGCUCGGGGCUGCAGAGGAGGCAGCGCCUAAACCCGACCCAAUGGACUGGCUGAUCGAUGCCUUGGCUCGCAGGAGAGCCGAAGAACAGGCCAAGGCACAGGAGACAAAGGCCGAGCCCACGGAGACCCAGGAGAAGAAAGCCAAGCCCUCAGAGACUGAGGAGAAAAAGGCCGAGCCCUCGGAGGCCCAAGAGAAAAAGAACGAACCCUCGGAGGCCCAAGACACAACGGCCGAGCCCUCAGAGACCGCGGGCGAAGGGCCGGGUCCCCGCUCUCCCGGCAGCCAGCUGGCCGCCUCCCCAGCAGCAUCGGACUGUCGGGCAGAGCUGCUGAGCGCCCAGGCCCGUGUGGCAGAGCUGGAGAGCCAGGUCCGGAUGCUGGAGGAGGAGCGGGCGCAGCAGAAAGUGUUAUUGGAGAGUGCCCAGCGGCAGCACCAGGAGCACCUGGAUGUCCAGGAGAGCAGCCACAGGACCUCAGUGAACGUAAUGAAGGACAACUAUGAGCAGCAGGUGGAGAUGCUGCGGCGGCAGAACGAGCAGCUGGUGGCUCAGCUGCGGCAGGAGCGGCAGGACACGGCGCGGGAUCGGGCAGAGCUGCUGGCACAGCACCGGCUGGAGCUGCAGCAGCUGCGGGAGCAGCACCGGCUGGAGCUGCAGCAGCUGCGGGAGCUGCAGAGGGAGUCUGUCGAGGAACUGCGCAAGAAACACGAGGAGCAGCUCCAGCACAUCAAGUGGCUGAAAGAGAGAGAGAUGGAUGUGCUGACCGGCACCAUUACACACAUGAGGUCUCUGGACAGCAUCCUUGAGAGGAUGGAGAAGUUCUCCAGUGACCUGCAGAACGUGUGCAGGAGGAGCAUGGAGGAGGAGCAGAGCCGUGUCCAGGAGCUGGUGGCCAACACGCAGGCCAGGCUGGGCGAGCAGACUUGGCUGCUGGAGCAGGAGCGGGCAGAGCUGAAGAUCCAGCGCCAGGAGCUGAAAGCCAAGGAGGAGCAGCUGGCGAGAGACAGGCAGAGGCUGGACGAGGCCUGGCAGGAAAUGCGGCUGGAGAAGGAGAAGGUGAUCGGGGCCGUGCAACCUGUCCAGAAGCAGCAGGAGAUGAUUAGAAGCACAAAGGAGCUCUUGGCCCAGAAGCACGCAGAGGGGGAGCGAGCCCUGGGGGAGGCACGCAGGAUGCACUCCGAGUUCUGGGACAAGCUGCAGGUCCUGCAGCAGCAGGAGGAGCAGCUGAAGCAGCAGGAGGAGCAGCUGAGGCAGGAGAAGGAGCAGCUGAAGCAGCAGAAGGAGCAGCUGAGGCAGGAGAAGGAGCAGCUGAAGCAGGAAAAGGCCUCCGUAUCUUCCAUGUUCAGUGCCCAGAUGCAGCUGCUGAAGUUCCAGGCCCAGCAGGGGGACAAAGAGUUAGAGACGCAGAGAAUCUUCUUGGAGAACCUGAAGAAAUUACGAUACAACACUUCACGGCUGUCAACAACCCCUCCAUCCUCCUCCCGUUCUGUGGACGAUACCAUUGAGUACACGCAUGCAUUAAUAGGGGCCCUGAGGAAAGCAUCUCCACCUGUGCAAGUAGUCAAUCUGUCCUCCAUUCUCCGGCCUCCCAUUACUUUCAAGACCCUUUAAUCAGGCUCUGCCCCAGUGUCCAUUCUGUCAGCUCUGCUUCUGUCGUGACUUGUAAUAACAUCGGAUGCGAGACUGUGGGUACGCGUUAGAGGCCUCAAGGACUUCAGGAGUUCGCUUGGACACAUUAGCGAGGAUGCUUAAUAAAAAGAAAGGGAGGACUGUUGCAGAAUAAGUUUACUCACUUAAAUUCCUUUAGUUGUAUUCUAUGCUUCGACAUAUCGAGAUAAGGACAGAGAAAAAACUGCCUGGAAGACAGAGGAAGAGAAUCCAAGAAGAAACAACUAAGGCCCCAGACCCAAAAUUACCACUGGACCAACAGGCUCGUGAAAGAUGCGUGAAGAGCGGGUGCACAGACUGGGGGGGUUUACAAGCCCAAGUCUCUUUCGUCUCACGCUCCUCCUGCUGAGAGGCCCCACGUCCAGACUGUUUCUUUGCUGUUAUGUGGUUAUUUAUGGAGAUCCCGAGGAAAGCGCCCUGCAACACUUCACCUCUGCCCGCGUCCCGACCGUCCUCCCUUCUCUGGAUGAAGAGAAGCCGCUAAAUUAAUGUGGACUCUGGUAAAGUUACAAAGACGUACCCAUCAUUAACCCAUGACGUGCUAAAUGCUUUCUAACCAGCUGCAAAACGAGGGGAUAUUUUUCAAGUUUUAAAUCCUUCUGCCUGACAAAGAGACCGCAAGAUUAAGGAACACCUUGUUUAGAAGCAGAGCUUAGCUUAUAUUUGACUAGUAAUUAAUAGUAAGAAACUCAUCCGUUAUAACUCACUUCAUACUAACCUUAUGGUAGCUCACAGGAAAGAGACUGGGGAACCACCUGGUGAUAAUGUGAAUAGAGAAACCUUGCUGACAUAUUAUAAUCAGUCACCAUUGUAUAAAUUAAAUGAUGAGGAAAAAUGGCCCCUGAAUGAAACUCUGAAUGAUGCCACGUUAACGUUCUUCUUGAAGAGAGAAGGCAAGUGCAGUCAAGUGAUGGACGCUGAUAUGUUUUCACUUUGCGAAAACACCCAGAGUGGCAGGCAGAAUGUGGUAUUAACUUGCCACCCCAGGAUCCAGCUGUGUUCACGUUAAAAAGGGAGCAGAAUAAAGCUCAGGAGAAGCUGAAACCAUGUUGUUCAGCAUGUAGAAUAAGACAGAAAACUCCCCUGAUGAGAGGGGAGGGUGAGAAAGAAGACUGCGUGUCCCCACAGGGCGUGGAAUUGAAGAGGAUGUGCCUUCAGCUUCCGAGGUGGUGAAACUGUGCAGAAAGAAGAGAAAAACAUGGAAAAGAAACUGAGAUUUUAGUUGAGACUGGAACAUUUGCUUUGCUUUUUAAUCAGGAAUUGAUACCAUUAGAUGAAGAUUUUGUACCUGUGGUGGGAGCUACUGGCCAAGGAGACAAAGCUUUCUUCAUCAGCCAAUCCAAUAGAAACUGGAAAACAAAAUGCAAUUCCUAAGUUCUUAUCUAUGUCCAGAUCUCCAAAACCGUUACGGAGACGAGACUUAGGAAAACAAUUGCAAGCAAUAAUAACAUUCAAACAAGGUGAAGUGACAAAAUGGAAUUCCUAAGUUCUUAUCUACGUCUGGGUCUCCAAAACCGUUACGGAGACGAGACUUAGGAAAACAAUUGCAAGCUAUAAUAACAUUCAAACAAGGUGAAGUGACAAAAUGCAAUUCCUAAGUUCUCAUCUAUGCCCAGGUCUCCAAAACCGUUACGGAGACGAGACUUAGGAAAACAAUUGCAAGCAAUAAUAACAUUCAAACAAGGUGAAGUGACAAAAUGCAAUUCCUAAGUUCUCAUCUAUGCCCAGGUCUCCAAAACCGUUACGGAGACGAGACUUAGGAAAACAAUUGCAAGCUAUAAUAACAUUCAAACAAGGUGAAGUGACAUUCCAGAUAAAAGAACAGCCACAGAAAUCAAAGAAGACCGUAUGCAAUGCACUGCAAGUUUGCUGAAUUGGGUGAGAUGCAGUGGGUAUCGAGCUUCCCAACAGAAAGCCCAGCUGAUCCAGUGCCAAGUGACUUAUCUGGGAUUCGAGAUCUCCGGAGAGCACCAGAGCUGGGGAUGGAGCGACAAGAAGCUGUUUGCCGGACACCAGAACCUGCAGCGGUAAAAGAGCUCCGGGCGUUUCUUAGAAUGACACCUUGGUGCAGACUUUGAGUUUAUAAUGAUGGACUUGGAGUAAAGCCUUUCUAUGAACCGUGAAACAAAAGGACUUCCAAGUUGAAUUGGACAAGAGAAGCAUCUGAGGGCAUUUGCACAACUCAACAAAGAGCCUGGGUCUCCCAGAUAUCACCAAGCCAUUGGAGUUAUGCUCACACGAAAGGCAAAGCAUUGCUCUGCGUGUUCUGGCACAGCAACUAAGAGCUCAGAACCGAGCGGCUGCUGCUUCCCUAAGCAAUCAGAUGAAGUGAGCCAAGGCUGGCCUGGAUGUCGUGGAGCUGUGGCAGCUCUUGGACUCGCUGUACAGGAAGCUCCUGAGUUCACCAUGGGACAGAAAGUGUCCCAUACAGUCCCAGCCGUACUGGAACAAAAAGGUACCCAUGGGUUAUCUGCCUCAAGAUUCCUGAAUACCAGGCAGUACUGGUGGACCUAGACGAUGUGAAUAUUGUCGCUACCAACAUUGUCACUGCAGCCCCUUUCCUCAGUGGGUCUGUUUCAGAGCCUGUGGUCCAGGAUUGCUUGGAAACAGUGGGAGCUGUUUCCUCCAGCAGACGGGAUUUAAAGGAACAGCCGCUGGAAGACGCUGAAGACUCCUGGUUCUCCGCUGGAAGCAGCUUUGUAAAGCAAGGAGUACAUAGAGCUGGGGAUGCCCUAACAACUACCCACGAGGUAAUCGAAGCCAAACCUUUGCCUCCUGGGACUUCUGCCCGGACAGCUGCGCACACACGAGCUUUAGAAUUAUCCAAAGAGAAGAAGAUUAAUAUUUGGACAGAUUCCAAGUGUGCUUUGAGAGUGGUGCGUGCCCAUGGAGCAUUUGAAAAGGACCAAGUUUAUUAACAGCACAAGAACAGAUUAAAUGAGAUACUCCAGUUGGCGGAAGCUGUGCUGUUACUAGAAAAGUUGCCAUCAUGCAUUUCAAGGAGCAUCAAGAAGGAGACACUGAUCAGGAAACUGGAAAUAAACUGGCAGCUGAUACUGCGAGACGAGCUGCUGGAAAGACAGAGAGAGCAAUGAGAGUGAUGUCUCUGAGCCCGGAUGGCUGCCUCCUCGAACCAGCAUCAGUAAACCCUACCUUGCAGUGCAUUAACAGAGACCUUCUCAGGUUGGCCAGAAGCAUUCCCCUGCCCAACUAGUAACGCUAGAACAGUAACUAAAGCUUUGUUAAAUGAGACCGUACCCCGACUUGGGGUACCCGCUGUGAUGUCCUCUGCUAGGGGGCCCCGUUUUGUUGCACAGGUAGUGCCGCAAGUCAGUAAAGCAUUAGAGAUCGAUUCGCAGUUGCAGACUCCCUACAAGCCUUAAGCAAGUGGGCAGGUAGAAAAGAAAAUGAGUCACUUAAUGGAACAGCAGGUAAACAGAAUUUGCCAGGAAGCUAACUGGAAGUAGAAUCCAGCACUACCUUUAGCGCUGCUCAGAAUGAGACGGAAGCCUCGAGCCAAGGAAAACUGAAGUCUUUUCUUUCAAGCCAAUAGAUGAAGUUUCUGUGAAAGCUUUUCCAUGUCAGCCUUGAGAAGAGAAGUGGAAUGGACUGCUCCAGCUGUUGCUGACGGCCUUUACCGCCAUCAAGAUUAAAGAACAACCCGCCUGGAUUCACUGUUCAAGAGUGAAGAAAGCAGCAGAUAAGAAACAGACGUUGGAACCAGUAGGACCUACCGCUUUCCAGUUCUCUCAGCGUUGAUCUCAGUGACUCUAAAAGAUUAUGCUCUUUAAUGCCUAAAGAUCCAGUAGAAGCUGCUGUGGCUUGAACUUACCUGUCCUCUGUCAGAGGACAGCAGAGCGGGGACCCCAAAUCGGGGUAUGGUCUCAUUUAACAAAGCUUUAGAUACUUUUGCAGCUUUACUAGCUGGGCAGGGGAUGCUUCUGGCCAACCUGAGAAGGUCUCUGUUAACACCAGCAAACCGCCUUUUCUAGGGAGUUUGGAGAAAUCUAGUUGCUAAUGUUGUCCUGCUACAUUUCCUUUUCUAAUUGUUCUCAUUUGUACCAUAUUUAUCAUAUUAAGAUUGUUUUCCAGACACAGUUCACAUUGCUGGGUCACUUGGUUCCAAAUACUAUAUAAAUUCACUCUUUCCUUUUAAUUGGA